AUGACGCGCGCGGGGGUAUAUAAGCAGCGCGCCGCGAGCGCACCGAGGUACUUCUCCAGAGCGCACAAGCAGAGGUGGAUGUAUCCGAUCGAUAUCAAACAGAUCUGCCUGUCUUCAAUGUGCCCUGUCAUGGAGCAGAGCGUCAAAGCGGCCGCAGCCCUGCAGGCGAUCCAGACGCGCAGCUCGCCAGGCGUCCUGCUCGCGUACAAAAGCGCGACGCAAAGACUCGGCGCGACCGGGUUCAGCGUCAGCACGCUCUCCAAAGCAGGACUGGGAAUCAUCAAACUGGCCACGACGCAGCUGAAGCAGCAGGAACAGAAGGCGCGGGUGGUGCGUGCGUCCAGUCUGGGUAAAGCGCACCCCACGUCCGUCGAUAAAAAGUCCCCUCUGGACCAACUCGCCGCGCUUGUCCUGCAUGGUAACGCACGCCUCCAGCCGCUGGCGAACGAGUCGCAUGUCCCCAAGCCGCAGAACUGCAGGCGCAUCGUGGUGCUCGGCGCGCCGCGCGUCGGCAAGACCUCCAUCCUGCGCCGCUUCCUGCGCGACGGCUUCGAGGAGCGAUACGAGCCCACGAGUGAGGAUUUCCACCGCAAACUCUACCAAAUCCGCGGAGAGACUUACCAGAUAGACAUACUGGACGCGUCCGGAGAGAGGAGCUUCCCCGCCAAGAGGAGACUGUCCAUCCUGACCGGUGAUAUAUUCCUGCUCGUCUUCAGUCUCGACGACCGCGGCUCGUUUGAGGAAGUGCGCGCUCUGCACUCAGAGAUCGUUGCGGCCAAAACGGCGCUGCACCGAUCCAAGCAGAAGGCGUGCGUGCCGACGGUGGUCUGCGCGAACAAGGUGGACUUGCCCUCGGAGCAGCGCGCGGUGUCGCGGACCGAGGUACUGCGUGCGCUCGGUAGCGGCUGCGCUCUGUUCGAGACCUCCGCCAAAGACAGCGUGAAUCUGGAGCAGGUGUUCGAGGCGCUGGCGCGGCACGGCGGGCUCCCCCUCGAGACCGGACCUUCGCAGCACCGCAAAGUGUCCAUCCGCUCGUACCAGGCGCUGCGGGCGGCGCGGCAGGCGGAGAGAGGAAGCAAAGCGGCGGCGUGCGACGCUCCGUGCGGGGCGCUCUUCCCGCUGGCCCGCAGACCGAGCUUCGGCACCGACCUGCGGCUGGUCCUCGGGCCCAACGCCGGCAGAAAACAGAGCAAAGCGCUGGACAAGUGUCAGAUUCAGUGAAACAACUCAGACUGAGAGAAAGAGAACCGCUCUCAACAAAGACACUGACGACAUAGCAGAUACUUUGAUGUGUGUUUACCAGAACACAACACAGUUUAUUCAUCUUUUGGAGAUCGAUCGGAACCAUUUUUAUACAUUAUAUGUGACCCUGGAGCACAAAAGCAGCCAUAAGUAGCACAGUAUAUUUGUAGCAAUAGCCAACAAUGCAUUGUAUCGGUCAAAAUUAGCUAUUUUUCUUUUGUGCCAAAAAUCAUUGAGAUAUUAAGUAAAGAUCAUGUUCCAUGAAAAUAUUUAGCAAAUUUCCUACUGUAAAUAUAUCAAAACUUAAUUUUUCAUUAGUAAUAUACAUUGCUAAGGGCUUCAUUUGGACAACUUUAAAGGCGAUUUUCUCAAUUAUUUUGCACCCUCAGAUUCCAGCUUUUCAAAUAGUUGUAUCUCACCCAAAUAUUGUCCGAUCCUAACAAACCCUACAUCAAUGGAAAGCUUAUUUAUUCAGCUCAAUUAAAAAAAAACUGACCCUUAUGGCUGGUUUUGUGGUCCAGGGUUACAUAUAUAAAAUUGACCAUUGCAUUUUAAUCCUGGCCCAUAAAAUGCAUUAUGUUGCAUAUGCUAUCAUCGCAAAGCCAUUCAAAUAAUUCUUACAGAUGUACAGAGUCAUUUUAAUUCUACUCAAUGCAUUUUAAUGUGGGAGGAACAAUGAAGCAUUUAUGUAAACUUUAGGUUUAACAUGACAGAUCUGCAUCGCAAACCCCCCGUUGAAGACCUCUGCCAUAUUUAAUGACUUGAAUUAAAAUACUGUGAUUUUGUCUGAGACAUGACGAACUGAAUUGACUCGAGGCCACUUUUAUCACUCAGAGCCUCGUUUUUAUGGUGUCUUCUGAUGAAGAUCUACAGAGAAUGACUGAAAAGUCUGUUGAGUGACUGGUUUGUUUGAAUGCAUGAGAUGCUGUAUAAUAUGUGUAACAUUUGAAAUAAAA